UAAAUCUCCUACCAUGGGGGAAGAAGGCGGCGGCCGCAGCUGUGGGACCACUAGGGACCUGCAGAAGCUGAAGCAGCAGGCGAUGGAGUACUACCGGGAGAACGACGUUCCGCGCAGGCUGGAAGAGCUGCUCAACUCCACCUUCUACCUCCAGCCUGCCGACGUCUACGGGCACCUGGCAAGCUGCUUUUCUAAACUUGCAAAGCCUCCCACCAUAUGCAAAGUCGUGGGGAAAAAUGUGCUGGAUGGACUGGGGCUUCCAACACUGCAAGUGGAAAUAUUCUGCACCGUUCAAAACUUUCCCAAGAAUAUAUGUUCUGUGGUGAUCUCAACUCACUUCGAAGUCCACGAGAACGCUUUACCCGAGCUAGUUGAAGCAGAGGAAUUAGAAAGGUCGGAUGCCGUCAGCACUGCGGUCCGGUGGGUCAAUGAAACCAUCACCGAGGAGCUUCAGGGCUUAGCUCCUUCUAACCAGGCUGAGGUGGAUCAGGUGCUCAGGACAUUCUUUGAAAGUAAAGUACAAGAAGAUAAGGAGAGAAAAGAAUUGGAAGAGAGCCUGGAAGACUCCACAGUGCCUACACCUUCACCUCUAACACCACCACCGCCUCCUCCACCUCCAGCCAAAAAAAAAGGACAAAAGCAAGGGAGGAAGGAUACUCUUACAGAAAAACCAAUUAUACCCCCAGAACCUGUUGAACCCAUACUCUGUGGCAGCAUGGCCAUAGGAGCUGUGUCACUGGCUGUUGCCAAAACCAGUGCCGUGCUGGGCAAUAAUCCUCUAUACUUAAAUAUUGCACUGCUGAAGCACCAUCAGGAUCAGCCAGCAAAGCUAACUAUACCUCUCCUGAUGGUAUCUCUGGUCAGCUGUGGGAAGUCAUCACCUGGCAAGCUGAAUUUAAUGAAAGAAGUGAUUUGUAUACCCCAUCCUGGAUUAACAGCUAAACAAGGUGUGGACAUGCUUCUGGAAAUUCAGAAACACAUUAACAAAACAAUUGAAAUGUCCCCUCCUCCAAAACCAGAGACAAAAAAAGGUCAUAAUGGAGGCAAAAGAGGUCAACAGCAGAUCACUGGCAAGAUGUCCCAUCUUGGCUGUUUAACCAUUAAUUAUGACACCAUAGAGCAGCCACUGCUCCUAAUACAAGGAAUCUGUGCGAACCUGGGGCUAGAAAUGGGAACGAAUCUCCAUCUAGCCAUCAACUGUGCUGCACAUGAACUGAUGGACUAUAGUAAAGGAAAGUAUGAAGUGAUGAUGGGAACCUACAAAAAUGCAGCUGAGAUGGUUGACCUGUAUGUGGAGCUAAUCAACAAGUUCCCUUCAAUUAUUGCAUUAAUUGAUCCUUUCAGGAAGGAGGACUCUGAACAGUGGGACAGCACCUACAAUGCUCUUGGUUCCAAGUGUUACAUAAUUGCAGGCACCGCAUCCAAAAGCAUCUCUAAACUUCUAGAGGAUGGGAACAUCGGUAUCCUCAGAUGCAGCGGGCUGAUCGUAAAACACACAAAUCAAACGACGAUGUCUGACUUGGUGGAAAUGACCAAUCUUAUUGACAGUAAGAAGCACAUCGCUGUCUUUGGAAGUGCAGAAGGAGAGUCGUCUGAUGACAGCCUUGUCGAUUUGGCCGUUGGACUUGGUGUCCGGUUUAUCAAGUUGGGAGGUCUUUCUCGUGGCGAACGGGUGACUAAGUACAACCGCCUCUUUACUAUAGAGGAAGAACUUGUCCAGAAUGGAACACUGGGUUUCAGUGAAGAACACACAUUUUUCUACUUGAAUGAGGAAGCUGAAAAGGCUGCUAUGGCUGGUGAGCUGCCUGAGCCCCCGGAGCCCAUCUUCGCCACAGAAGUUGUGGAGGAAUCAGCCAAAACAUGAGUGUCUUCCAGACGGGCUGCACAUACCCCAGCUGACAGCCACACCACUGGUAUUAUUAGACUGAGAGAUCUCAAGUAUGUCUUCAUUUUGGUUUUGCUCUAAAACUUCACUAACU